AUGUCACAAGAUCAAAGCUGUGACCGCCCUUCGGAAACUCCAGACGACCUUUUAACAGCCGAGUUACACUCUCCUCUGACGUACGUGGACCGUCUUCUACACAAUGAUCAACAGAGCCAACAGCCGAGUGCAGGUAGAGACGAUGUGGUCCAGGUCAUGCUGGACACCCUGACCGACUACAUAGUGGAGAUGGUGGGCAUCGAAGUCAACAACGCCCUUGCGCAGACCCCCCGUCCGGGUGCAGAGGGAGCAGCCAGCAGCGAUGGACAGCCGCGCCGCAGCCCCAGGGGGACAGUCUUCACCCUGUUCGAAAAGAUGCCUGCAUCCAGGAGGGGCUGA